UUCACUGCACAAUCCCUGAGUCAUGAUUCUUUGGGAGCUUCAGAAGCUGCCACUACCGCAGCAUCUCCGCACCAUUUACCUGCCACAUCAGCAGAACCCAGCCUGUGGCUCAGGAUGCCCCUCCCCAAGACUGGCUCCUCUGCCCUGCCCCACAGCUCUGCCCCUUCAGCCAGGAACUUUUCCUGCCUUCUUUUCUCCAUCUCUUCCCUUUCUAUGCAGCACCAGAAGGAAUUCAUUGCGGGGUGGGGGGGUCUAGUUUAGGUGGUAUUUCUCUGGCACACGCUAGGCCAGGCCAGGCCGAGGAUCGCUCUCCUGAAAUGGCCACUGGCUGCUUCCCAGAGAGUGGGAUGCUGGAGCCCAACCUGUCCUUAAAGCUGGCUGAGCAAAAUUGGCAGCAAGAUCCCAGCACCCCAAAAGUGAAAGAAGUCCUUCCCUAAUCAGCACAAGGUCUUCCCUCCUGCUGCUUCAGCAGUAACUACUCCUUUGUAUGUGAGAAAGAAUCUUCUCUGUGCUCCCUCACCUGAUUUUCCUUUUCCCUGCUCCAAAAGUUCGAACCACCGCCUGUCUAACCAUCUGGGGAAACCUUCUCAAGCCCGACAUAUCCCACUGGAGAGAUAGAUAUCUGUAGCUUCCCCAUUGCCCUGCGGGGGAUCCAGGGCUGAGAAGAGCCAAGCUGAGCAGGGCUUCCUUCCUAUUCUAGUAAACAGAUAAAGGUGUCACCUCGCCUGCCCCUUUUUCGCCCCCAAAAGCUUCCUUUGUUGAAUGCUUGGAAGUUCCCAAGGCCUAAUUCAGCAGUGCGCGCACCGGCCAACCCACAGUUUGCUUAACCAUGGUUGGGGGAACAGACCAGGCGAACACUGCAUCCCGGCGGGGUAAAUUCAAAGCAGCCAACGCUGGGAGGGCUUGGCGUGUCUGCUCCAGCCGUCUAUCCGGCGCUGCGGGCGGCAGGAGGACAACGGCCUUCGAGGAGGACGGCGCUGCUCCCCAGGCCCGGUAUGACGAGGCUGCGCGCGCCCUCCGCGCCUCUGCGGGACGCCUGGCAUCAGCGCGGAGGCGGUUCCGGGAGUGUCCGCCUCCUCCUCCUCCUCUCGCUGCCUUUUGGGCUGCCGGCUGCUGGAAGGGGCGGCCCGUGCGAGGAGCCAGAAGCGGCAACUGCGGCGGCUGGUCUGUCGCGAAAGCAACUUCGGGAGUCGGAGACUGGGGCGUCCACGGGAGAGGAAAGAGGCGGCCAAGUAGUUGCGGAGAUGGCCUUGGACUGGCUGGGAGUCGCCUUGCUGGGACUUCAGCUGUGUUCUCGGACACUGGCCUUGGAGGUGUCAGUGGGCAAGGCACCUGUUAUUUAUGCCAAGAAUGGCACCAAUGUGCUACUGCCCUGUACUUUCAACUCCUGCAUCGGCAUUGAGAAAGCCAACUUCAUAUGGAGCCACAAUCAGACUGAAAUAUUCAAAGGGGUCGUGAAGAACAAAGACUCCAAGCCAGAGCCUUAUCCAGAGUACAAGUUCAACCUUAAGCACAUGUUACCACCUGACCUGCCACUCAGCAAGGACAACCGGGAGUUCAACGUUUCCCUCCUGUUGCUUGAUGCUGACUUUGAGGACUCCGGGCCAUACACCUGCUUAGUCAAGAACCCCAAAGAGAAGGAUGCCAACCACAGUGGCACCUUUACUCUCAAAGUGGUUGUGAUGUUGGAGAAGGUUGACAACACAUUGACGCUGAUCAUUUUGUCUGUUGCGGGUGGUGUCAUUGGGCUCCUCAUCCUUAUCAUGCUGACCAAGAAACUGGUCCUCUUCAUCCUCAAGAAGACACGGAAACAGAAGGAGUGCCUGGUGAGCUCUUCAGCGAUCGAGAACACGGAGAAUGGGCUGCCAGGCUCCAAAAUAGACUCUAAAUCAGCCCCGAAGGCCUGACUUUACGAAGGGCAGAUCUCUGGGAUCCAACCCUCCAGGUUGAUCUGCCAGGCUCUGGCGAGGGCAAGAGAAGACCCUCUUUCAAAGGACUGACGCUUGAGACACAACUAUGUUACUCAACUGGCUGCAAAAAAGUGCUGCUUCUUGGGAGAAACUCUGCAGAUAUCAAGCCUGGCGCUGCUCAUGUCUGAAGGGUGCAGGGUUCUGGGUUCAGACUGGGCUUUGGUUUCAAGAAGCCCUGUAGCUGCAGGAAUGGACACGAGACCAAAGACCUGGUUCUCCUUCUGACAAUUAAAUAUCAUCAUAUUGGGGUGUUGAUUGGAAAUGCUGCCUUCCUCCCUCAGAAAGUAGAGGAGAAAGAGAGGACUGAAGGGCAGGGUGGGAAGCUGGGUCUGCUUUAACUGCAUCUUGAAACCAGUAGGUGCUCCUCUGCUGAAUACUGGUUUCUGUGAUGCAUCCCUGUGGAGAGGGAGGCAGGCUUUGCUGGAGAAGGGGCCUUUUGGAGGCCCAGCGGAGCUCAGUGUGGUUUCCUUACCCUCUUUAGUGGUUCUUCAGUGCUUCAGGACUGAAGGUGGCUGCACCUGGACAUGGGUCUUUCUCCAGGUCUCCUCCUGGCAAGACAGCAGAGCAGAUGUGCAGCGAUGCCUUGAGAGCCGGGAAUCAGGUGGUGUCUCCUUUGCAAGGUCUCACAGUUUUAGGCUGCCCUUGCUCGGUGAGCAAGCUGAUUAAGAAGUGCCCCCUUGCCAUGCUGCCGAUUCUCCCCCUCAGCUUCUCUUCUUCACUCGCACGCUCACUUCCUGGUCCCCUUGCCAGGCAGAUGUCUCCCUGCAGGAGCGAGCUUUUUACUGGAGCUUGAGGAGAGCAGCAUUUCUAAGGCCUUAUUACUGAAUCCAUUCCUGGCCCAAUUUAACACCCCAUCUAUAAUAAGCAACGAGCACCUGCCCUCGCUGUGGCUCAGAUGGAUCAGAUGCCAAGUCAAGAUGGUGGAGGAGCAACUGCAUCCUGCUGGGUUCAGUGCCCCCUUCCUUUCCUGACUCUCUGCAGCUGGCAGCCUUUCCCAGAUCAGCAGCCAGGCCAAAGGAUGUCCAGAGACCUCAUGCUCUUCUUGGCCAGGCGGUUCACGCCCCCCCUUGCUUAAUUUAUGGUGCUCCUCUGCCUGAGGCAACAUCUUUAGAUUUUUUUAUUUAUUCUGAGGUAUAAUUUGGGGCAAGAAAUCAUUACCAGGUGUAGCUGUUGUGAUUGUAAAAGAUAUGACCCCCACCUAGACACACAUCAGCUACAUUCACUACCAAACUUACCAGAUGUCGUCCUCCCCCCCUCCCCGUCCCCAAUACAUAAAAGCUCUUAUAAAGAGCCCUUGUAAAAGAAACUCUCACAGCAAGCUGAAUUGACCAGACUGGUGAUAGGGAAAAGACUCAGUCAGGAAUCUGUGGUCUGUUCACUCUUCUGAACGAUAAUAUGGCCAGCAAGUGACUUAACAGGAAGGGAAAAAUAACAGGAAAGCCUCAUGGAUGGUUUUAUUUCAAAUAUUCUAACAGCACUUUGUCAUUUCCACCGUCUCUGCCUUUUCCUCUCUUUUGUCUGGCUAUAGAAGGCCAAAGGUGCAUCAGCACUGGCUCUGCUUUUGCUCAGGGCUGCUCAUCUUUGCUGGGAGCCCAAUAUUGUAGUGCUGAAAAUCAACCUAGCAAACAAAAUGGAGGUGGCAUCCUUUCCCCACACCCUGUCCUCUCUUGGGACCCAGGUCCUCUCUUUGCCCAAUCCCUUCAGACCCAAACUGACAGCCCCCUGGCCCCAGACAACUUAAAAAACAGAUGGGGCCCCUCUUUCUUGUGAUGCAGAGACUCAACCAUCCUUGCAAUAAACACUUUUCUUCUCCCUA